AUGUUCUUGGCCGCUCGCGGGGUGGGCUGCAGCCAGCCCACACUGUACGUGCUGCUACCCCGCGAGCGGCUGCUCGCGCAAGGCUUCCACACCACGUGUCGUCGGGCCCUCGCCAUAGGGCUCGCUUUCUCUUUCUUGGGUGACACAGGGCUGCUGGAGUGGGCCCUCGAGUCGCCCAUCCUGGCCGGCAACGCGAGUGACCCUCUCUCGCGCUACGAGCGCAUCUCCCCGAGGCUGAGCUUCACUGAGUACGAUGGCCUGUCUAUGAGCUCGGAGCACAGAUGGAGUCGGAUGUACCGCAAUACAGGCGGAGGCCAGGGCGAAGUCGUGCUGAUGUUGAUGAGGCCCUAUCCGAAGAAGAAGGGCGACAUGAGGUGGAUCUAUGUUAGGCCAGUCCGAAGUUUGGGCUCCGUCGGCUGCAGGGAUCGGUCGAGGAUCACCGCCAAGAGACAACCGAACACCACCUACGCCCACUUCCCCGCCCUGUCCGCCAAGGAGAAAACGGCGGCGAUCGGAGCGGGCACCGAGAAGCAGCUCAGCACCAGCGGAGGCCUCAUCUGUUUCGCCUGGAGAGCCGCGCUGUACUUCAGGGCCUGGGAUUGGGCCAAAUGGACGGUGGAGAAGCUAGACGACACGCGCAAAUUCCUGAUGGAGCUGGACGACUUCGGGGCCUACUUGUACGACCUCUAUCAGGACGGUCGGCUAGAAUUGCCGAUGUUGCUCCUGUCCUUCCUGAUGGUUUUCACCCCCGUGCUCUGGAGUUGGUGCUGCCGCCGUGGCCUACCCAGGUUUGGUGGCGCCAGCCCUCCAGGGAGCGACGUGGACAGCGAUGGGGAGGCCGGGCAGUCGGUUCACGAAUCGGACUCGGAGUCGGAGGGAAGCAAGGAGGUCUCGGAGAUGAUGAAGAUGAUGCAGGACCUGAUGGAGGAGAUGCACCGCGAUCGUCGAGACCGUCGCCGCUCGGAGCUGGAAACCGAGGGAAUUUCGGCUCGCGGCGGGGGAGACAGUCCUCGCCGCUCAGAUGGGUCAUCUGCAUGGUGUCCUGGGUCGAGCGCGGGCAGCUGGGGGCGCAUCCCAUCUCCUGCCGACAUGGGCUUGCACGUCGACCGCAUGAUGGACCGCCUGAACCAGUUCGAGAGGAUCAUCCAGGCGGACCGCGCGUCAGCCCCGGCCAUCAAUUUGGACGAGUUCUCGAUGGAGGAGGUUGAGGUGAACAUCGGGCCGCUGCGCGAGUCCUUGAAGGAUCCCAGGGUGCGCCUGAUAGAGGGUUUGACGAAGCUGAAGUCGGCCCCGACGUUCGAGCGCCCCCCCCCGGGGCUGACGGCCCGCGUCGCCCCCGGCCCUCCAGUCCAGACCUGCGGCAAGUAUGGCAGCAUGGGUAAGUUCGCGACGGACUGGGUCAAGCAGAAGGAGCUCUAUAAUAAUCACAUCGGUUACGAGAUGCUCUUACACUGCAUGACCCUGGAUCGCAUGCUGGAGGCCUCCCCCGACUUCAUCGCGACAGCUGGCUGCGAGAUCCUGUGUUCGACGGUCUAUGCGCUGAAGCGGGCGUUCAAGGAUCUCACCGCGCGGUUGCAGCAGAAGGCGCUGUUCCAGAAGUACCUGCACGAGGCAGGCUCGGAGCCUCUGGAUUCGUGGACCUCCUGGCAGGGCCACAUCCACGACGUCGACGUGGACCUCGGCGCUGCCGUCGAGCGCGUCCUCGCUGGCCAGGCCUCGCCGUGGGUGGGCGAGGGGGUCACCGAGUCCCUGGGCGUGGAUUCGAAGGGUCACCGCGUGCUGCCGAAAAGCGCGAUAUGCUCAAUCGGCGUGGACGAACUAGCGCUGCCUGCGCCUGGGGCCGUCCCCGUCAAGCUGAUCGACAUUUGUCCUCUUGCGGUCGAGUAUUUCUCGGACACGGAGGGCCGCGUGCUGAGACGACCCGGUUCUGUUUUGAUGCGAGAGUUGGAGAGCCAGGUCGUCUACCGGGGCCCCGCGUUGAAGUCUCGUGGGGCUCGCUUGCGCCUGGCGGAGCGACUCUGGAGAGGCGGCGUGCUUACCUUCACCAAGGAGAAGAAGGAGUCGGCGGACAGCGACCUGGUCCUGCAGCGGCAUGUGCGCGCGAUUUGGGACGAGCGACGGGCCAACCUCCGCUGGGGAAGCCCCGCCUCAUUCACGAACCUGGACCUCUCCAAUAUUGAGGCGGAGGGGCGCGUCUACUCGGCGGUCGGCGACAUGCCAGACAUGUUCUACACAUUGGAGAGGCCCCCGCAGUGUUGGACCUAUUUCUGCUUGGGCGAAGUUGGCGUGGACGAGUUCGUGCUCUACAUGGCCGAGUGGGCAGUCGACGUCGAGGCACCAGCCGACUCGGGCUUCCUGGCUCUGGAGGUGCUUGUCAUGGGGUGGUCGUGGGCGCCAUUCCUGGCGCACUCCGCCCUGCAGGCGUGCGUGGAGACGGCUCUCGGCGAAGGCUCGGUUCGCGCUCGCAUGGUGUAUGGGCCCCCGACGCCUCAAAUCCACGGCGAGGCUGGUGGCUGCGAGGCGCUCAAUUGGGGCUACAUGGACGACUGCGGCGUGAUGGCGAGCAGCACGAGCGCGAACGGCCCCGAGAAGGAACUGGUGUCGGACAUGGCGGCGAAGGGGCUCGAGUCGUCGGGGGCUGUCCUGAGGGGCCGUCCAUAUGUGAUUAGGUCGUGCCCGUUGAAGACUUGUCGCCUGGCCUUCGUGACCCUCGCCUUGGUGGAGAGAGCCUGCUGGGCAGCGGCCGUGUUGGGGCGCCUCGUCGGGCUCUGGGCUUCGGCGGCAGUGUUCCAGCGAACAAGCCGUGCCAUCUUCGACCAGGUCUACCACGAGAUGCGACGCCCUUCGAGCCCCGCCGCUACAUUCCGCCUGUCCGCCGAGGCGCGGGCCGAGCUUGCCGCUGCCGCCUACUGCGCCCCGCUCAUGGCCACCUACCUGGAGUCGCCCUGGGCCCGCCAGGCCUUCAUGACCGACUCCAGCGACGUGAGCUACGGGGUUGCCGUCACCCAGGCCAGAGUGGAGGAUCUUCGCGCGGAGUCCAGAUACUGCGAGCUGCGAGGCUGGACCUUCGCCGCCGAGGACCUCUACACCAACGCCGAGGGGGGCGCUUGGCAGGAGGGCUGCGACGGCUGCGCCCACGACGUCGACGAGUGGCCCAGGCCGUGGCUCCAGUCCUGCGGGGAACACCUGCGGCGGCGCGCGGAGAGCGCUGGCAUCCUCAUUGAGGUUUGGUGCCUGGGCGCGAUCAUCGACCCGAAGCACGACCUUACCGACCCCGAGUUUCUGAUCGUCAUCGUGAGGCUCGUCGACAAUGGCUACUUCCAUGGGCCAUGGGGUGUUGGCAUCACCCCCGUGCUCGACCUGCUGGGGACCAAGUCGCUCAUGACGGCGCUGACGGUGAUCCGCGCGGUCUGCGCGGCUGGUGGGGUUGGCCUGUUGGAGCACCCGUCCGACCCAGGGGAGCCACCCUACCCGUCGAUCUGGGACCUCGUGGAAUUGAAGGACCUCGUCAAGGAUUUUGGAGGGUGGGUCAACUACCUGGACCAGUGCCGCUACGGCGCCCCCUCCAUGAAGCCGACCUUGGUCGGCAUCUUCGGCACAUUCGCCUAUCAGCCCGAGUCUUGCAAUGCCGUCAGCGAGGUCAUUAUCGAGGCUUUCCAGCACAUGGAGGCGAAGAGGCUCGGGCCCGACGUCGAAGUGGCUGACGCUACCGCCUCGCAGUGGGCCCCCAAGGUGCGGCAGUUCCUCAACUUCUGUAUUCAGCGAAGCUUCCAGCUGACAUCCGAGUCGGAGGUCGAUCGGGCGCUGGCAGACUACAUGGGCAUCCAGUGCUACGGCGAGCGCAAGAGAGCGACCCUUGGCUCGGUGGUUCUGUUCGGCAUGUUGGUGAUCUGGCCUGAGCUUCGCAACAAGCUGCCCCUCGCCCUGAGAUGCCUCAAGAGUUGGCAGAAGCUGGCUGGCACGAGCGAGGGUGGCCCACUUCCGGAGGAGGCCAUCUACGCGAUCGCCAUUUACAUGAUCGAGCAGGGGCUCUACGUGGAGGCCGUUUGGACACUCACGCAGUACGACGUCUACGGCCGAGAGCAGGACAUGGAGAUGUUGAAGAUCGCGGACGUCGUGUGGGACGGCCAGUGCAGGGCCCUGGCCUUUGGUGUCUCGAGCCGUGGCGAGGAAGUCAAGACAGGCACCAACCAGGGUGCCGUCAUGCGGCGGAGCGUGGUCGCUAACCCAGUUUUGGGCUUGCGUGACUUCAGGACGGGCAAAGACGAGAAGCUCUUCGGCAUCGAUCAGAUCCGCCGCGCGUCGCUCGAGCAGGUCAGGCGUCGUGGGAGAUGGAAGGCCAUUUCCAGUGUCCAGCGCUACUCCAAGACGUUUGCCCUGACCCAGUUCCGCGCGAGGAUGCCGGAGGUGGUCCCUGAGUCGGGCAUGCGAGCGGUGCGGGACCUGAAGGCAGAGAUCUUCCGAGCCCUGAGGAGGCGUCCACGCCCGCGCGGCAGCCUCCCCGAGGCCCUCGAGAAUGCCAUCAAUAAUAACCUAGCCAAGGACGUUGCCGCCGAGCAGAUGAAGAUCAAGAGCUCCAGGGCGCGCAGUUCCAAGAAGACCGACCAGACCGACGAUGACGACCAAGACAGCCCUGGGGGCCUCUUUUCGGACGAGACGUUCGGUGAGGACACGGGCUGGUGGGCGGAGUGA